AUGGCUCUGGCCUUGGCCCUUCUGCUGCUCUCGGGGCUGAGCGGCCCUGGCGGCUGGGGCUGCCUGCAGUGCGACCUCUCGGUGCUGGACGCCCUGAGUCAGCUGCGCGGCGCCCUCAUCCCCCGGCGCUUCCACCUCGAGCGGCUGCAGGCCCGCGCCCAGGCCCUGCUGCUGGGCAUGGAGGGCUCCUUCUUCCGGGACUACGCGCUGAACGCCUUCGUCGGGAAAGUGGGGAUCGAACAGCUGGACCACGUGGCCGGCUUCCUCAAGAACCAAACGCAGCACUUGAUGGUGACUCCCCUGCAAGAUGGGCCGCUUCUGGAAGAGCUGGUGACCCUCAGGGAGAACGUGAUCCGGGAGCUCAAGAAAGCUUUGCGGUCGUAUGAACUAAAAGCCUGUGACCACAAAAUGUGCCGCUUGCUAAAAGAGGAGGUCGUGGACUGUUGGCACUGCCAGAAAAGGAGCUCCACAUGCAUCAAGAAAAAGUACUGCUUCGUGGACGGGCAGCCGCGCAUGGCCCUGCAGUACCAGGCCGACAGCGGAUACCCGCGGAACCAGGCCCUGCUGGGCGCCGUCGUGUCCGUGUCGACGGCCGUGUUCAUCUUCCUGGUCAUCCUGAUCUCGGCCUGCACCUACAGGCAAAACCGGAGGCUUCUGCUGCGGUAG